AUGGUGGCCGAGGCGCAGAGCGGUGGCGGAAGUGGCGGCGGCGGAGGCGGAGGCGGAAGCAGCAGUGGCAUGUCAGGUGGGUAUGGCGAGGGAAGCGGCGAGUGUGACAAGAGCUGCGCCAUUGCGAUUGUGUGCUCGUUGCUUGGAGUACUAGUGGCUACGGUCGGCAUCGCUGUGGUAACGCAGGUGUUGUGCGGAACGAAGAUGGUGCGUGAUCCAAGCUCGGAUGCGUCGCGGCGGGCGCGAGCGAUGGGGAGCGAGGACGUUGAGACGGGAUCGUCAGCACCGCUGUCUGCGGCCGAGCAUGCGCUGCACGCCAAAUACGGGCCACCUCCGUCGUACGACGAGCUGACUGCGCCAAGCAGCCGAAAGAUGUACGCCGGGACAUGGGUCGGACACUACGUCGAGUUUGGCAAGCGGCACGCGAUGCGGAUGGCACUCCAGCUUGACGCCGAGGCCGGCCAGUUCUCAGGCUCGGGCACUGACGAUCUGUCGGCGUACACCAUCCGUGGCUACUACAACGUUGAUAGUGGCAAGGCGGUAUUCCUCAAAAGGUACCACUCGGGCCGGUACUCGCAUGGGGUCGAGUACCGCGGCCGGGAGCUGGCACAUCAAGCGCACCGGUCGGCUUCAGGCCGAGCUGACCGGCAACUUUGA